GCCGUACCUUACAUGUUGGACGCGUAUUUUCGGGCACGGAGUUGACAGGUUCUUCGCUUUGGUUCAAAGACAGCUUCUAUACCUGCACCCGGUUCCACUGAGCAGUUAUACUGUAUAUUGCAAAAAAAAUGGCAGGCAAGCGUGCAUUAGUGAUUUUGUCAAAGGGUGCAGAGGAGAUGGAAACUGUUAUACCUGUGGACAUCAUGCGUAGAGCUGGGAUUGCAGUCACUGUAGCUGGACUGACGGGAAAGGAACCAGUCCAGUGCAGUCGUGAUGUAUUCAUCUGUCCUGAUUGUAGCUUGGAGGAUGCCCGCAAACAGGGCCCUUAUGAUGUUGUGCUUUUACCAGGAGGAGGGCCAGGAGCCCAGAACCUCUCCGAGUCUCAAGCUGUGAAGGAGGUGUUGAAGGACCAGGAGGGCAGAAAGGGUCUGAUUGCAGCCAUCUGUGCAGGUCCCACCGCGCUGCUGGCCCAUGGCAUUGCAUACGGCAGCACAGUCACCACCCACCCCGCCAUGAAGGACAAGAUGAUGGCUGGAGAUCACUUUAAGUACUCGGAGGCCCGCGUUCAGAAGGAUGGCCAACUAAUCACCAGCCGAGGCCCAGGCACAAGCUUUGAGUUUGCCCUGGCCAUCGUGGAGGAGCUGAUGGGAGCCGAGGUGGUGGCGCAGGUCAAGGCCCCUCUCAUCAUGAAAGACUAACGUAUAUCCGCACCUGCCUUUAGCCACAUCUACGCUAGCAUCGCCAGGAGGUGGAUCCACAGUCUCCCACCGCAGUGUCAGUGUGUGCAAGAGACUAGAGGAAAAGACACUGGGAAACGUAAAGGAGGAAUCCAGAUUUGUGGUCAUAGACACAGUAGAACAGGCUUUGCACUUUAAAAAAUAUUUCAGAUGUUUACUGAAUGCUGGUGAAAAUGUUCAAAUAAAGUGAAUGGGAAUAUAAAUCUGUGAACAUCUUGGGAAAUAUUAGAAGCACUUAAAGCUAUUGUGGAUAUCUGAAAUGUGUUUUUCCAUUUACGGCAUCAUGUAAUUAGGAACAAAGCUGCUGUGACAUAAUCGAGGAUAAUGUUCCCCAAUAAAGUCACUGUCAACCGUAA